UUCAGAGUCAAGCCGGUCGCCAUCUACAACUGCUCAGCCAGAUACUCCUCAGUCUCUCCAGGACAAUAUGAUUCCACAAGUUUCGGUAUUUCAGGAGAGCGCAGCUGAAUUCUCACCAUCUGUGGAUCCGCUGGAUGAGCAAGAAUAUAGCUAUGGCAUAGACAAGCUAUUUGACAACGACGAACUAUUGACUACCCAAUAUCACUGCUUGACUGAGCAAGCGCACCAACCUACAAUCAAUAUGACAGGCCCAUCUCUGAGUCUCGCCAACACGUCAAAUAGAGGAGCUACUGCUCUACAGACAACUUCACUAUUCCACUUCGUCAUGCCGCCAUAUGGUGAAAUUGGUCAUAACUAUCCUCUAUUAAACAAUUUCAACGCAUCUUCAAUGGAGCAACGUGAGAGAGGAAUGAUAUACUCUCAACAGUCACAUCAUUCUCAGCAGAAAAUGCCAAUCGCAGCAGAGCAGAUCCUAAACCAUACAGUAGAGGACUAUAGUACUCCUGCGCUGAUCAAAUCUGAGCCGUGGUUUGGAUUCGGAUCUCUCUUUAUUUGAACGGUCAAUGCACUGCUGGG